AUAUGAAUAUCAGACGACGAUAAUAAUGUCAUGAAUCUAUCAAGUAGUAUUAAACGAGUUCACUUUCACAAUAGUCUUAGAAGGCAAAUAAGUGUGAUGACUUCAACGCCGAAAUACCAAGCCUUACAUGAUCCAGAGAAAAAAGAAUUUUUCAUUCAACUCAAAGGCAGUGAUAAAGCCCUCUUGCAGUAUGACUACAUCACUAAGAGUAAGGUAGAACUUUACCAUACUGGGGUGCCUACUUCUUACAGAGGUCAUGGAAUUGCUGGCAUUUUAGCAGAGACAGCCAUUAAAUAUUUCAAAGAGAAUGGAAUGGAAAUGGAGUUGACAUGCUCUUACCUUCAGCAUUACGUCUCAAAACAUCCGUCUACAUGAUCAACAGGAAACAACUUUGAAUUAAUUGCAAUCUAGAAAAAUUAUAACAAUUGUCCAAGUAUAGAUUAUUAUUGUAUAUAUUCCAGAUUUAGAUGUACAUGUAUAUCCUCCAUACUGACCAGUCAGUGUCAGUCUGCAAUGAAAAAGUGGGUAUCAUGACAAGAAACUUAAUGGAUAUGACAUGAACUUUAAAAAUUGUUGAAUUUGAAAGUGAUUAUAACUAUGUAACUUGAUUAUAAUGUGAUUGACAUUUUAAAUGUUCAUACAUUUAAAACUUGACUUAUCUUAGAGUGAUUGUAACUGUAUGUAACUUGAUUAUAAUGUGAUUGACAUUUUAAAUGUUCAUAUAUUUAAAACUUGACUUAUCUUAGAGUGAUUGUAACUGUAUGUAACUUGAUUAUUAUGUGAUUGACUUUUUAAAUGUUAACAUAUAUUACAUAAAUUUUUAA